CUCAAAUUUAUAGAGAGACCAUACCUAGUUUUAGGUAUUAGUUGAAUCCCUGAAAAAUACAGGAACUGGACAUGUCCACGUUUUUGCGAAAUUAUGUUAAACGCAAAUUCUUAUCCUUAUUAGUAGUAGAAGCAUCUUUAGUACAAAAACAAGACAUUUCAAGCGCCUCUAAGGAACGAUUCCACCGUUGUGUUAAACAGAGAUUAAAAUGACAUUGUUAAUGUAAACAUGUCAUUUUAAACUUCGUUUAACACAAUGGUGGAAUCGACCCUUAGGAAGUAUAAACAAUAUUGAUAUUUCUUUAAUCUGAUAGAGAUAUAGAGAAGACAUAUUGACGAUGGGUGAUUUGGGGGUGGAAGAUCGUGGAUAUUAUGAGCUGCAUACGAGGUUUUUGCACGUCACAAAUCGACAUUUUGCAAUAUCGAACUCACAAACAGAUUAUAUAAGAAACUAGGCUAUCCUGUUUAAUAGUGUUAAUCUUUGGUUUUUAUGGUUUGCUUUUUGUGUUGUCACUGUCAUGCUGUCACUUUUGUGGGGUUAUAAGUUAUGAAUAUGUAAAUAUCAUAGAAAAACUAUCAUGUGUUUUUAAUUAUUGUGAAGUGGUUUAAAAUAUUUCAUGAGUUUUUAUAUUCCAAAAUCCAUAGUCACGAUGUUUCCACGGGCAGCACUGUUAAGACAAGCAUUUAGAACAGGACCCAGAGAUUGCUCUACAAGUGCAACAAAACCUAAAACUGGUAUUGUUUUAAUAAACAUGGGUGGACCAGAAAAGACUGAGCAAGUUUAUGAUUAUUUAUAUAAAAUUAUGACGGAUAGAGAUAUGAUACAGUUACCUAUGGCUCAAAAUACGUUGGGGCCUUGGAUAGCAAGAAGGAGAACCCCUGAAGUUCAGAAGAAGUACCAGGAGAUAGGGGGUGGAUCUCCAAUACUUAAGUGGACAAAAUUACAAGGCAAACUCAUGUGUGAAAUGUUGGAUAAGAAAAGUCCUGAAACUGCUCCCCACAAACCAUACGUAGCUUUUAGAUAUGUACCUCCAUAUACACAAGAUGCUUUUUCAGAGUUACAAAAGGAUCAAGUUAAACAUGCAGUUAUUUUUUCACAGUAUCCACAAUAUAGUUGUGCUACCACUGGCUCUAGCUUUAAUGAAAUUUACAGAUAUUUGAAAAAUAAAGAAUUGUUAAAUGAUAUAAAAUUAUCAGUCAUUGACCGAUGGCCCAUACACCCUUUGCUAAUAAAAACUUUUGCUGAAAAUAUUAAGAAAGAACUACAACAAAUACCUGAAAAUAAACGGAAGGAAGCUAUUAUUUUGUUUUCAGCACAUUCCCUUCCUCUAAAGACUGUAAAUCGUGGCGACGCAUAUCCUUCAGAAGUUGGUGCUACAGUUAACCAAGUUAUGCAUGAGUUAAAUUUUUCUCAUGCAUAUCAAUUAGUGUGGCAGUCCAAAGUAGGACCAUUACCAUGGCUAGGACCCAUGACUGAUGAUGCUAUCAGAGGUUACGUCAAGCAUGGAAGAAAAGUAUUUGUUGUUGUGCCUAUUGCCUUUGUAAAUGAACACAUUGAAACUUUGCAUGAGCUUGAUAUUGAGUAUUGCACAGAUCUAGCCAAAGAAGUUGGAGUCGACAUAAUUCGGAGAGUUCCUGCACCUAAUGAUCAUCCUCUAUUUAUUGAAGCUCUCUGUGACAUAGUAAAGAAUCAUUUACAAAACAAAGUAGCUGUUUCUAAGAAAUUUUUGCAUAGAUGUCCUCAUUGUACUAACGCUAAUUGUUAUAAUAGCAAGAAAUGGUACUCUGAAAACUGUUCUUUUUAAUUUUGUUUUUUGUAAAAAUGUUACUUGCAUUUGAAUGUUUUGUUACGGAAUCUUUAAUAAAGAUAGGUAUGGU